AUGGACACCAAAGGAGCAAGUCGAGGGGACGAAACGGAAGGAAAGACAGAAAUAAAAAUGGAAACAGAAGUCAUAGACCGGGUACGCGGAUGGGGCAUCCGGUACCAAGGAACAACAAACCCACUGGAGUUCCUAAGCAAAAUGGAACAGUGGGCAGGCGGAUACGGAAUACGGAAGGACCAGCUGAUACAGACGAUGCCAUUCAUCGUGGAGGGGAUCGCGAGUUAUUGGUGGAACACCACGCCGAGCAGGAUCGUAACAUGGACUCAGCUGAGAACAGAGCUUCUAGAAUACUUUUUGCCGCCGAGGUAUGAGGAACAGUUGGAGAAUCAGAUUGCACAGAUGAAACAGAGAGAAACGGAGCCCGUAAGAGAAUACGCAAUGGGGCUACGAAAACUGAUGCAAUUCACGAAACUCUCAGAAGAGGCCAAACUGGACCGAGUGUACAAAAACAGCAGGAGCAAGAUAAAGCUGUACGCUAGGAGGGCAGGAUUCAAAUCGUUGACAGAGUUCCUCAAAAUAGCGGAGGAAGUAGAAGAAAUAGAGGCAGAGGACCGGACACAGAGGACCGGACACAGAAGCGAGAUAAGCAGAAGCAGAUAUCAAGAUCUGAAAAUGGCAAAUGGUGUGGAACCCGAGCAGAAAUAA